GCAUCGGAAUAUUUGAUGUGAUAAAAGUUUAGCACCUCAUAUUUCGUAUUAGGAUCGACCAAUCAUCGGAGUCACAGAUUCUGUCACUUCCACCUCACCACAUCAGAGUCAUCACUGUCGUCGUCACCGGGUGCCAUCAGCGUCGGCAGGGCAUGCCCGAGGAGGGCCGAGGCUACGGCUACCCCAUGUCCCCACCCACACAAGCAACCACUGAUCGGCGUCAGCUCGUCGCACUCGCCCCCACACCGCACUCGCACACGCAACGAAGCUCCAGCUCACUCGCUCAUCAGCUCACCCCCGAUGAUGGUGGAGCCGGAGGCCGCCUUCGCCGUCCUCAGCGUCCUGGGCGUGGUCACCGUCGCCGUUCUGCUCCGCGCGUGCUCCCGCCGCGCCGCGCCGGCGCCUCCGCGCCGGAGGGAGGAGGCAGGGCGCCGCCGCCGCCGCACGGUCGACGCCUUCUUCGUGGGCGGCGUGGCGGGCGUCGAGGCGGGGCUCGACGACGCCGCGCUGAAGGCGCUGCCCAAGGUCAUCUACGGCGACGCCGACGAGGAAGCUGCUGAUCAGGCGGGGAAGAAGGCGAACACCGCGGCGUGCUGCGCGGUGUGCCUGGGCGAGUACGCCGGCGGCGACGUGCUACGCGUGCUGCCUCCAUGCGCGCACGCCUUCCACCAGCGCUGCGUCGACCGCUGGCUGCGGCUGCACCCGACGUGCCCCGUUUGCCGCUCGCCGCCGGUGCGCAACCCGGCCGCGACGCCGCCGGCCGCGCCCACACAGAGGUAGCUGUAAAGUAGAAGCAUUUUAGCAUAUGGAAUACAAGAGCUAC